UCGGUAGACUGAUGCUUGAAGUAUAGCGCCAGUCGAGUGGAGUCGGGCAUUCGUGUCAGUCGUUGGGUAGAUGGUUUAUCGACGAGUAACAUUUUUGGUUAGUUGUACUUUUCCUGCAUUGAAGGGGCUCCUGUCAUAGGGAGGACGGACAAGAAGAAUAUUGGUCAUAGCGAUGGGUAACAACUUGUGAUAAUUGUGAAUCCAUGAAUCAUGGUGCAAUUAUCUCUAGUGUGCAUGAGCCAUAUGAAAUGUGAGACAAAUAAUUUAUUGUUCUGUGCUACGAGCACGGAAUGCGGUAAAAUACGCCGCCUAACUUAUGCAUUUUUUGAAUCAAUAAGCCAGUAAAUUUCAACCACGAUUUGUAUUACUUCGUACAAACGUUACUUAUAAUUAAAUUACUCGUCUCAUCAAAAAUGACACUUAACCCCUCUUCAGAGAAUGAAAAUGGCAAUCUAGUCAACAGCAGGGUCAGAUGUCAGAUAAAUUGAAAGAAUGCAUGUUUGCCUGAUUGUGAGUUGGCUACACAAUGAAUGACCUCAACCGUUCUGUUUUGAAGGAUCCUGGGAUUAUUGACUGUUAUUAUGCCUAAUGAGCAAAGUACACUUUAUAAUUAGGGAUAGAUCUGAUACUGAGUGACCAUAGUAGUUAUUUUUGUCUUGCGUUCAAUAAUCUAAGUGAAAAAGUUCCAGGAAUACAUCUGAAGUAAAAUAAUUGGUAUUACACGUUGCUGCUACCUCUUGUGAAUGAACUCCAAUAAGUGUUGCCCAUAACAAGAGAACUGUCCUGGUUUUAUUUCGAUCAGUGGUAUCUGAUCAUCUAUUGAUCAUUGCCAUAAAUGUGAUGAAGUUUGCAAAUAUCGAAAUCUGUGUUGACACUGACUAUUGAGAAUUCCAUUUUCCCACAGAGUUCUCCAAAGUGAAGCCACAUUUCCAUAAUGGACGGAGAGAAGCGGCGAAAGGGAGUGAAAAAUCCCAAAGAAUCUGCCAAUAUUUUCAGCAUGAUAUCAUUUGCUUGGAUGGUGCCGACUUUCUUGAUUGGGUACCACCGUGAUCUCGAAAUUGCAGACCUCUACAGUCCACUGCCUGAGCAUACAAGCUCGAUUCUUGGCGAGCAAAUAUCAUCUGAAUGGGAAAAGGAAUUAAAACGCCUUGCUCAUAUCAGGGCUUCGAGAAGGCAGGAUGAUGAGCGUAAUGGCAGCGAUAGAAGCAAACCUCUUGUGCCCAGCCUCUGCAAAGUCUUGGUGAGGUGCUUUGGGACCAGGAUUAUGUGCUAUGGUAGCAUACUUGUCAUACUGGAGCUCGUCUUCAAGAUUAGUCAACCGCUUCUUUUAGCUCGACUACUUCGUUACUUCAGCAGCAUAACACAAACAGAAAUAUCAUAUACAGAUGCAUUCAUUUAUGCCACUGGAGUCAUUCUGUGCUCGGUAGUUAAUGUUGUUGUUAGACAUUCUUAUAUGCUGGCAAUUUUGCACUCGGGGAUGAAGAUGCGCGUUGCUUGUUGCACGUUGAUAUACAGAAAAGCAUUGAAACUUUCUAAAACUGCCUUGGACGGGGGGACGACUAUUGGUCAGGCAGUGAAUCUUCUCUCGAAUGAUGUGAACAGAUUCGAUAUAGCUGUGCUCUUUGCUCAUUACCUGUGGAUUGGACCCUUGGAAACAUUGAUUAUGACUUACUUAAUGUACAGCGAAGUUGGAUUAGCAGCUAUUGUCGGAGUUGCUUCACUUCUCAUGUUCAUACCGCUACAAGCCUUUCUUGGAAAACGUUCUUCAACUCUACGGUUACGAACUGCGGUAAAAACAGACAAAAGAGUCAGAUUAACCAAUGAGAUAAUAUCCGGUAUUCAAGCAAUAAAGAUGUAUACAUGGGAAAAGCCAUUCGGAGACCUCAUUGAAAAAGCUAGAAAACGGGAGAUCAAGGCAAUCACAGCAACAUCUUACAUCCGGGGUAUCAUAACGUCCUUUUCUGUUUUUUUGACGAGGUUUUCACUUUACAUAACCAUCCUCACCUACGUUUUACUUGGGAAUAAUGUAACCCCAGCAAAGGUUUUCAUGCUCUCCGCCUAUUUCAAUAUUCUACGAAACGUGAUGACCACCUAUUUUCCUCAAGCUAUUACGCAGCUUGGUGAGGCUCUUGUAUCUAUCAAAAGGCUCCAGGACUUCAUGCUUUAUGACGAAACUUCGAUCACCAAGUCGCAAGCAAAUGGUGUCGAAAAAUCUCACGAUCUUGCUGAUGGUUCUGUGCAUAUAGACAACUGUUGCGCCAAGUGGAUCGAAUCCCUUGAAAAAGACACUCUACAAGAUAUAAAUUUGAGAAUAGAACCUGGCCAGCUAAUCGCUAUUGUUGGACAAGUUGCUGCUGGAAAAUCGAGCCUCCUGCACAUGAUUUUACAAGAAAUGCCUCUCACUUCCGGUACGCUAAAGAUCCAAGGAUCUCUGGCGUACGCUAGUCAGGAGCCAUGGCUUUUUUCAGCGUCAGUUAGGCAAAACAUUCUAUUUGGAAGAGCAAUGGACACUCGUAGAUAUAACGAGGUCAUUGAAGCCUGUCAACUCAAAAAAGAUUUCCAGCUAUUUCCAUACGGCGAUAAAACUAUUGUCGGAGAACGUGGUAUUACUUUAUCCGGAGGGCAACGAGCGAGGAUAAAUCUAGCGAGAGCAGUUUACACAAAUACUGAUAUAUAUCUUAUGGACGACCCUUUGAGCGCUGUAGACGCCCAUGUGGGUAAACACAUGUUCGAUGAAUGCAUUGCUGGAUUUUUAAAAGGAAAGACUCGUAUCCUCGUAACCCACCAGUUGCAGUAUCUGAGAAACGUAGAUCGGAUAAUAGUUUUGAGAGAUGGUGCGAUCAUAGCUCAAGGGACAUAUUCUCAACUUCAAGACUCUGGAAUCGCAUUGGGAUGGCUUCUAGAAUCCGAAGACAAAAGCAACACUGAUUCUCAAGGCGAAGAUAAAUCCCUAUCCAGAAAAUCUAGCAUCGCCUCCGCCCAUUCAUCCGAGAUGGCAGAAUCUGUUGCACAAGAAAAAAUGCCUGUACAGGAGGCAGAAACCCGAAGCGUUGGUCACAUCGCAGGUUCUGUGUAUGCCAAUUAUUUUCGCGCAGGUGGAAAUACGUGCGUAAUACUGAUAGUUUUUACGCUCUGUUUGCUGUCGCAGUGCCUUGCCAGUGCCAGCGAUUACUUCAUAGUUAUUUGGGUCAACGCCGAGGAGCGCAACUUUACGUCAAUAAUCAACAGUGAAUCCGUUUCAUUCUGGGAGAGUGGUUGGCUGACCCGAAGCCUGUGCACCUACAUAUUCUCGGCUUUGACGUUGCUGACAAUAAUUAUGACCUUAAUUCGCUCUUUUUCAUUCUUCCGUGUCUGCAUGAAAGCGUCUAAACGUCUACACGAUUCAAUGUUCCGAGGAAUAAGUCGUGCGACAAUGCGAUUUUUCAACACAAAUUCGUCCGGUAGAAUUUUGAACAGGUUCGCGAAAGACAUGGGAGCGAUAGACGAGCUUCUCCCCACUACUCUACUCGAUUCCAUACAAGUCGGUCUCUCGCUAAUCGGAGUAGUCGUUGUUGUUGCAAUUUCAAAUCCUUGGCUGAUGAUCCCCACAGUUGCUGCAGGCGCCGCUUUCCAUUGGCUUCGAGUUUUUUAUUUAUCAACUAGUCGCAGUAUCAAGAGAUUAGAGGGAAUCACCCGAUCUCCUGUGUUCGCUCAUCUCAACGCUACCAUCCAAGGCUUGACGACGAUUAGGGCUUUCGAGGCUGGGACAAUUCUAACUGCGGAAUUCGACAAUCACCAAGAUUUACACUCGUCAGCUUGGUUCAUGUUUAUUGCCUCGUCUCGGACUUUCGGCAUAUGGCUGGACGCUGUCUGCCUCAUUUGGAUAACUCUCGUCACUUACAGUUUCCUGAUUAUACCGCUUAAUUCAACCGGAGGCAAUGUUGGACUUGCUAUUACCCAAAGUCUCGGCCUUACAGGCAUGUUUCAAUGGGGCAUGAGGCAAAGCGCUGAAUUAGAAAAUCACAUGACAUCCGUAGAACGAGUGUUGGAGUACAGUACCGCGGAUCAAGAACCCCCAUUGGAAACUUCCCCAAAUAACUUACCCCCGGCAAAUUGGCCCUCAUCCGGCAAACUGGAAUUCAAAAACCUAUCCAUGCGAUACGGUCCAGAGCAACCACCAGUGCUCCAUAAAUUGAAUUUCGUUGUUGAAUCGUGUGAAAAAAUCGGAAUAGUUGGAAGAACGGGCGCCGGGAAAACGUCUGUGGCUUCCGCGAUGUUCCGUCUUGCAUAUUUUCAUGGUGACAUAAUAAUCGACGGCGUUCCGAGCAGUCGGUUGGGUCUACAUGACCUCCGUUCCAAAAUAAGUAUGAUUCCACAAGAGCCGUUUCUAUUUUCCGGAAGUUUACGGCGAAACUUAGACCCUUUCGACGAGUAUCCAGACAACGCUUUAUGGCAGGCUAUUCAUGAAGUUGAAUUGAAAGAUAUGGGACUCGAAGAAUUGAUUACAGAAGGUGGAUCGAAUCUCAGCGUCGGUCAAAAACAGCUAGUUUGUCUCGCUAGAGCAAUAGUGAGGAAGAAUAAAAUCCUUAUCCUCGACGAAGCUACAGCUAACGUCGAUCCUGGCACAGAUGAGCUCAUCCAAAAAACUAUUCGCGUCAAAUUUGCUAAUUGUACAGUGUUAACGAUCGCUCAUCGAUUACACACUGUUAUGGACAGCGAUAAGAUUCUCGUAAUGGAUGCAGGAACUGUCGUGGAAUUCGAUCACCCUCAUAUCCUGCUUCAAAAAGACAAAGGGCAUUUACGAGGUAUGGUCGAUCAGACGGGCCAUUCGAUGGCCGAAUCUUUGGCCCUCAUGGCUAAAAACGCUUACAAAGCUAGAAAAAAUGAGUCACAAACUUGAUUUGUUCUCUAUGUGAUAAAACGUUAUUAUAUAUCGAAGUGCAAUUGAAAAUGCUGUUACAAAAAUGAAUUAGAUAAAAUAAUAAAUAAACUCUUCUUGAACA